AUGCAGCGUCGCGAGCCCACCGUGCCGCUCUUGCUGCUGCUGCUGCUGCCUCCUCUGCUGGCGCUGCUGCUCGGGGCGGCCACCGCGGCUCCCCUGGCACCGAGACCCUCCAAGGAGGAGCUGACUCGCUGUCUGGCAGAGGUGGUCACAGAAGUGCUGACCCUGGGCCAGGCCAAGCGAGGCGCCUGCAUGGCUCUCCUCCACAAAGAAAUGUGUGAGACAGAGUCCUGCGGCUGUGGGUCCACUGAAGAGAAAGGCCUCCUGGUUGGGGAUUUUAAAAACCCAGAGGCUGGGAAGACAAGGUCCAGCCAGGAGGUGAGGGACGAGGAAGAGGAGACAGCAGAAAGGACCCACAAGGCCGAACUGCGGGAACAGGCCAUCCGCAAGCAGCUCCGUGGCCGGCUCCGCCAGGAGGACCACAGAGAGGAGGAAAAGAGGGGGCCCCUGGAGACCAUUGAGGGCCUGUGGAAGCGGGUGGCAGAGCAGACCAGCGAUGAGGAGACGGCCCAGUUUGAGGCAGAGGAGAAGGGGGUGCAGGUGCUGGGCAGGGGCCACAGCCUGUGGCCGGGGGCUGAGGCAGGUGGAGAAAGGCAUGAGGACCGCCAUCACCUCCACCAGCCAGAAGCUGAGCCCAAGCAGGAGAAGAGAGAGGCUUGGGACAGGGAGGAGCAUGACUUGGAACGGCUGGAGCACAUGAGAGAUGAGCUGAAGGCGGCGACGGAGAUGCUGGGAGAGGAGCUCAGGAGCGCGGGCUGA